UAUAGGAAAGGAGAAAUAAAUGAAAGGAAAUUGACAUCAUGUUCUUGGGUGGACAAACUCAAUAUUAUAGAAAGGUCAAUUCUCCUUUAGCUAGUUUCUAAAUUUAGUUUGAUCCUGAUAUAGAUACGAUCAGUUUCUUCAAACUAUCAAUGUGACUGUAAAAAUCUUACAGAAUACGGAAGAAUAGGCACAAAAACGUCCUCAUUGAGUUUUGAUGCAACUUGUUUUGUAUGUUCCGAGUGGCCAGUGGUGUAUCCAUUGGCAGCACCUGCUUCUUGAGUGUCUUCCAGGACAUCACGAUUGGCCCCAGGAACUCCAAGAUGAUAGAACCUAAAAUAGAGGCUCUGCGUGCCUCUCUAACAGUCAGCUGCCCAAUCGUAACUUGGUGGUAAAUACCACUUUCAAUCUUCCUGCGACUGACUGAACCGUGAAACCAUCACAUAGAAACAUGACUGGGGGUGCUGAAUACCAAGAUCACACAAUCACCACUUUUAACCUUUUUGGGAUUCAUGCCCUGGGGCAGUAUCUCCCUAGUUUUCAAGCUUUUAAGAUACAAGCAGUGGGUCCAGCACAUUUACAGGAACAACAUCUCCAGAAUUUCCCCAGAGGUGAGGUCUACCCAAGGCAUCCUUGUCUUGGUAAGCACCUUUGUGUCUUUUUAAGCUCCCUCUUCCACCUUUUCACGUCAUUUGGCUCUUUCUGAAAAUCCCAGUUGGUGGGAGCUGAACCUCUGUGCUCUAAUCACUCCAUGUUUGUUUUUUUUUUUUUUUUUUUUUUUUUUUUUUUUUUCUUAACAGUCAGCCCUUUUGUUCUCUGGAGCCCUGACCUUAUUGUGUCCAGGAUCGUCUCUGCACGCUGCAGAAGGAAUACACAACUGUCCAAAAUGACAAGAUACCUAUAAACUAUUGUAAACUGUUAGACAAUGUGUAGUUACUUUUUAAUUCACUCCUUGCAGAGAUUUAAGCCCUGGAAGGGGCAGUCACAUAAUAGAGAGGAUGUGAAAAGCAAAUGCAGCCAGCACCACCUUCAGAAUUUCCACAGGAAACAGAAGAGGAGCUAUUAACUGGCACAUUUCCUAUUAAAAAGUAUUAAGAGUGUAUAUGACGCUGCUGAAAACGUGAAACACUAGUGGCUGAAUUUGCUUGCACCAUUUACGUACAGAACAGAAAUCCUUAUCAUAUGUUUGUGGAAAUACUUCAAAACCAGAAUGUCAUCAGUACUAGGAAAAGUUAAAUCUCUCUGAAGGAGUCCACCUUUUAGAAGCUUCCUUAUCUGCCCUUGACACCAACCAAUCAGAAACAGAAAAAAAAAAAAAAAAGGAUCAGUUAAAAUAUCUAAUUUUCUGGGUACCUGGGUGUCUCAGUUGGCUGAGCCAGGGACUCUUCGUUUCGGCGGAGGUCAUAUCUCAGGGUUUGCGAUAUCCAGUCCAGACAUGGGGUGACGGGCGGCGUACAGAGGGCUCUGCUCAGAGCCAGCUUGGGAUUCUAGAUCUAGCUGUCUGCCCCUUCCCGCUUGCAUUCCCUCCCGUGCUCUCUCUCAAAAUAAAUAAAUUUUUAAAACUCUAAUUUUCAAGAAAAAAAAGAGACUUCUAAAAUACCUGAGAACAAACACUUUAAUUAAAAUUGCAAUGAAAUUUGGCAGUUAAGGGCUUAAGCACAUACAGGUCCCACUGGUAGGUCUCAAAGACAUUUGGAUUUGUAAUUCAUCUGGAGAGGUGUGGAGUCGAAUAUCAAAUUUAAGAGAGAGACAUUAAUCAACACCCAUUGACGCAGAAACUUUUAUUCCUUUAAAGCAACGUGCCAGCGCUCCGUCCCACAGCCCAAGGCCCGGCGGGGAAAGCCUGGAGUGCAGUGCAAGGGAUGGCGAGAAGUGACAGUUGAGUGAAAAGUCUGAUGACGAGUUAAUACCGAACAGCACAAUUCCCACAGGACAGUGUUUAUUUCUUUUAAUGUUGACUUUAUUUUUGAAAGAGAGAGAGUGCGAGCGAGAUAGGGGCAGAGAGAGAAGGAGACAGAAUCCAAAGCAGGCUCCAAGCUCUGAGGUGUCAGCACAGAGCCCGAUGGGAGGCUCCAACCCACCAUAGGGAGAUCAGGACCAGAACCAAAGUCAGAGGCUUAACCUACUGAGCCACACAGGCGCCCCCCGCCCCCCAGAACAGUUGCGCGUGUCGCAUUCUAGCGUCCAUCACCGACAAUGACCACCCCGGCUUUUACUUCACUAAACAAGGAGCUGUCACUAUCCGGGUCUCAGUCGAUCCACGAGGAUCCCGGGCGCCAGGUCCCCACACUGCUCCGCCUCCCCCCUAGAGCGCAUGUCCACCGCUCUCUAAAAACUUUUCUCUCACCCCCACCGCAACCCGCCCCCCCCCCCCCAAUUGCUUCCCCGGGCACCGGGCUCAACUUGUGAAAUACCGCCGCUCCCAAUAGAAGCGGCCCACCCUUCCCCGAGGUUGCACCCAGCCUGGCUCGAAACGACACCAGCGGGAUUGGACGGAAUCCAAAAGCGGAACCCGAAACCGCGCGGCCGGAAGAGAAAACAGGCCCGCAGACGCUAGGAGGAGAGUGGUGCGCUGGACCCGCCCCACCGGAUGUGUCCUGGACACGCCCCGGCACCGCCCCGCGGCGCACGCGCGUGCGCCAUUUUCUGCAGCCCCGGAAGCUGAUCCAGCAGGGCAACGUACGCUGUGGGGUGAGUGAGUCUUCAUUUUUCUGAUUCGCACCGGCGGUCGCGCUGCUCAGUGCCUGGGGCUCACCCCAGGUUCCGGGGUCGCCUGGUAAGUAUAACCUUACUUGAGAAAGAAGACCAGAAGAAGGGGGAAAAAAGAAGGAAUGGCUCUUUUCCAGGGACGGUUGACCUUUAGGGAUGUGACCAUAGAUUUCUCUCAGGAGGAGUGGGAGUGCCUGGACGCCGCUCAGAGGGCUUUGUACAAGGAUGUGAUGUUGGAGAACUACAGGAACCUGGUCUCCGUGGGUGAGGAUAACUUGCCUCCAGAAGUCGGAAGCUUUUCUCCUGGAUUUGCACUCAAGGAAUUGUCACCAGUAGAGGACAUUUAUAAAGGAAAAUUUUACCACUUAGUGAUAUUGGAGAGAAAUGAAAGCCAUGGCAUCAAGAAUUUUGAUCUCAAGGAAGUCUGGGAAAAUAGGCAUGAGUUUGAAAAUCGGUGGGGAGAUGAUGCAAGAAAUUACAAAGAAGUGCCUUUGACUCAUAACAAAAAUCUCACUUGUAGGAAAGAUCAGCCACUUAAUCAGCCCUCAGUUACUCUUCCUGAAAAGCAGAGUGUUUCUGUGAGAAAAAAUACAUACCAGUAUGUCAUGAAUAAUGAACCAUUCAUCAGGACUUUGUUACAACAGGACAGUAAUGUAAGUGGUUCUGGAAACCAGUAUAUAAACUGCUUGGAAAAUAGAAUUGGAUUAAGUUUGCAGGCACACCUGGGUGAACUCCAGAGAUUUGACAGUGAGGAGGAAAUGUAUGAAUGUAGUAAUCCAAUUGAGAAGUCUGUCAGCAAUGGUUCCUCAGUCUCACCACUUGAAAGAAUUCCUCCCAGGACCCAAAACAUUUGGAAUAAAUCUAGGAAGAUUUAUCAUUUGUUACCUGCCCAAGCCAGGAGAGGAUACACCAGAGGAAAAUCUUAUAAAUGUAAUGAAUGUGGGAAGGAUUUUAGCAAGAGCUCAAACCUCAUGAAUCAUGAGGGUAUUCUUUGUGGACAGAGACCUUACAAAUGUAAUGCAUGUAGCAAAGCGUUUGUUGAGUGUUCAAGCCUUACUCAAGAUAAGAAAAUCCAUACCGGUGAGAAACCUUACAAAGGUAAUGAGUGUGCCAAAGCGUUUACCCAAUUUGGCAACCUUAGUAGUCAUCAGAAAAUACAUGCUGGGGAGAAACAGCACAAAUGUAAUGUGUGUGACAAGGCUUUUAUCCAAAGGUCAUACCUUGUGGUACAUCAGAGAAUUCACACAGGAGAAAGACCUUAUAGAUGUACUAAAUGUGAUAAGGCUUUUACCAAACAUUCAGAACUUUUGCGUCAUGAGAGGACUCAUACCGGUGAGAAACCUUACAAAUGUAUUGACUGUGGCAAGGCCUUUUUGAGGAGUUCACACCUUACUCAGCAUAAGAGAAUCCAUACUGGAGAGAAACCUUACAAGUGUAAUGAAUGUGGCAAGGCUUUUAACCAAUUUUCAAACCUUCGGUGUCAUGAGAAAAUUCAUACUGGCGACAAACCUUACAAAUGUAAUGAGUGUGGCAAAGCCUUUACCCAGGCUUCAGGACUCACUGAACAUCAGAGAGUCCAUACAGGACAGAAACCAUAUAAAUGUAAUGAAUGUGGUAGGGCUUUUAUCCGAUCUUCACACCUUAGGCGUCAUGAGAAAAUUCAUACUGGUGACAAACCUUACAUAUGUCAUGAGUGUGGCAAAGCCUUUACCCAGCGUUCAGAACUCUCUACACAUCAGAGAGUCCAUACAGGAGAGAAAGUAUAUAAGUGUUUCGUAAGUGGCAAAUCCUAUAGUCAAAAUUCAAACCUGGCAAAUCAUCAGAGAAUGCAUACUGGAGAGAAACCUUACAAAUGUAAAGAGUGUGGCAAAUCAUUUACACAAUUUGGAAAUCUCACUAUGCAUCAGAAAAUACACACUGGGGAAAAACCACACAAAUGUAAUGUGUGUGACAAGGCUUUUAUCCAAAGGUCAUACCUUGUGGUACAUCAGAGAAUUCACACAGGAGAAAGACCUUAUAGAUGUACUAAAUGUGAUAAGGCUUUUACCAAACAUUCAAAACUUUUGCGUCAUGAGAGGACUCAUACCGGUGAGAAACCUUACAAAUGUAUUGACUGUGGCAAGGCCUUUUUGAGGAGUUCAUACCUUACUCAGCAUAAGAGAAUCCAUACUGGAGAGAAACCUUACAAGUGUAAUGAAUGUGGCAAGGCUUUUAACCAAUUUUCAAACCUUCGGUGUCAUGAGAAAAUUCAUACUGGCGACAAACCUUACAAAUGUAAUGAGUGUGGCAAAGCCUUUACCCAGCCUUCAGGACUCACUGAACAUCAGAGAGUCCAUACAGGACAGAAACCAUAUAAAUGUAAUGAAUGUGGUAGGGCUUUUAUCCGAUCUUCACACCUUAGGCGUCAUGAGAAAAUUCAUACUGGUGACAAACCUUACAUAUGUCAUGAGUGUGGCAAAGCCUUUACCCAGCGUUCAGAACUCUCUACACAUCAGAGAGUCCAUACAGGAGAGAAAGUAUAUAAGUGUUUCGUAAGUGGCAAAUCCUAUAGUCAAAAUUCAAACCUGGCAAAUCAUCAGAGAAUGCAUACUGGAGAGAAACCUUACAAAUGUAAAGAGUGUGGCAAAUCAUUUACACAAUUUGGAAAUCUCACUAUGCAUCAGAAAAUACACACUGGGGAAAAACCACACAAAUGUAAUGUGUGUGACAAGGCUUUUAUCCAAAGGUCAUACCUUGUGGUACAUCAGAGAAUUCACACAGGAGAAAGACCUUAUAGAUGUACUAAAUGUGAUAAGGCUUUUACCAAACAUUCAGAACUUUUGCGUCAUGAGAGGACUCAUACCGGUGAGAAACCUUACAAAUGUAUUGACUGUGGCAAGGCCUUUUUGAGGAGUUCACACCUUACUCAGCAUAAGAGAAUCCAUACUGGAGAGAAACCUUACAAGUGUAAUGAAUGUGGCAAGGCUUUUAACCAUUUUUCAAACCUUUGGUGUCAUGAGAAAAUUCAUACUGGCGACAAACCUUACAAAUGUAAUGAGUGUGGCAAAGCCUUUACCCAGGCUUCAGGACUCACUGAACAUCAGAGAGUCCAUACAGGACAGAAACCAUAUAAAUGUAAUGAAUGUGGUAGGGCUUUUAUCCGAUCUUCACACCUUAGGCGUCAUGAGAAAAUUCAUACUGGUGACAAACCUUACAUAUGUCAUGAGUGUGGCAAAGCCUUUACCCAGCGUUCAGAACUCUCUACACAUCAGAGAGUCCAUACAGGAGAGAAAGUAUAUAAGUGUUUCGUAAGUGGCAAAUCCUAUAGUCAAAAUUCAAACCUGGCAAAUCAUCAGAGAAUGCAUACUGGAGAGAAACCUUACAAAUGUAAAGAGUGUGGCAAAUCAUUUACACAAUUUGGAAAUCUCACUAUGCAUCAGAAAAUACACACUGGGGAAAAACCACACAAAUGUAAUGUGUGUGACAAGGCUUUUAUCCAAAGGUCAUACCUUGUGGUACAUCAGAGAAUUCACACAGGAGAAAGACCUUAUAGAUGUACUAAAUGUGAUAAGGCUUUUACCAAACAUUCAGAACUUUUGCGUCAUGAGAGGACUCAUACCGGUGAGAAACCUUACAAAUGUAUUGACUGUGGCAAGGCCUUUUUGAGGAGUUCAUACCUUACUCAGCAUAAGAGAAUCCAUACUGGAGAGAAACCUUACAAGUGUAAUGAAUGUGGCAAGGCUUUUAACCAAUUUUCAAACCUUCGGUGUCAUGAGAAAAUUCAUACUGGCGACAAACCUUACAAAUGUAAUGAGUGUGGCAAAGCCUUUACCCAGCCUUCAGGACUCACUGAACAUCAGAGAGUCCAUACAGGACAGAAACCAUAUAAAUGUAAUGAAUGUGGUAGGGCUUUUAUCCGAUCUUCACACCUUAGGCGUCAUGAGAAAAUUCAUACUGGUGACAAACCUUACAUAUGUCAUGAGUGUGGCAAAGCCUUUACCCAGCGUUCAGAACUCUCUACACAUCAGAGAGUCCAUACAGGAGAGAAAGUAUAUAAGUGUUUCGUAAGUGGCAAAUCCUAUAGUCAAAAUUCAAACCUGGCAAAUCAUCAGAGAAUGCAUACUGGAGAGAAACCUUACAAAUGUAAAGAGUGUGGCAAAUCAUUUACACAAUUUGGAAAUCUCACUAUGCAUCAGAAAAUACACACUGGGGAAAAACCACACAAAUGUAAUGUGUGUGACAAGGCUUUUAUCCAAAGGUCAUACCUUGUGGUACAUCAGAGAAUUCACACAGGAGAAAGACCUUAUAGAUGUACUAAAUGUGAUAAGGCUUUUAUCAAACAUUCAGAACUUUUGCGUCAUGAGAGGACUCAUACCGGUGAGAAACCUUACAAAUGUAUUGACUGUGGCAAGGCCUUUUUGAGGAGUUCACACCUUACUCAGCAUAAGAGAAUCCAUACUGGAGAGAAACCUUACAAGUGUAAUGAAUGUGGCAAGGCUUUUAACCAUUUUUCACACCUUUGGUGUCAUGAGAAAAUUCAUACUGGCGACAAACCUUACAAAUGUAAUGAGUGUGGCAAAGCGUUUACCCGACUUGGAAAACUUACUAAUCAUCAGAAAAUACACGCUGGCUAGCAACCACCCAAAUGUGAUGUGUGUAACAAGGCUUUUAUCCAAACGUCAGGCCUUUGGCACCUCAGAGAAUCCGUACAGGAGAAAACCCUUGUAAAUGUACUAAAUGUGAUAAAGCUUUUAGCACACGUUGAGACCUUUGUAGUCAUGAGAGUACUUCUACUGGAGAGAAACUUUACAGAUGUAGUGAGUGUGGCAAAACCUUUGCUGAGCGCUCACAUGUUAACAGAAAAAUCCAUACUAAAGAGAAACCUUAACAGAUAUAAUGAGUGUGGCAAAGCGUUUACCCAAUUUGGAAACCUUACUGGGCCUCAGAAAAUACACACUGGGCAGAAACCACACAAAUGUAAUGUGUAUAACAAGGCUUUUAUCCAUUGUUCAAGUCUUAUGGCACAUCAGAGAAUUCAUACAGCAGAAAAACUUUACAAAUGUAAUAUGUGUAAUGAGGCUUUUAUCAAACAUUCUCACCUUUGGUGUCGUGAGAGAUCUCAUACUAGAGAGAAACUGUACAAAUGUAUUUAGUGUGGAAAAGCCUUUAUGGAGCAUUCACAUCUUACUCACUGUGAACCUAAUAUGUGUGGCAGUGCUUUUAUUCAAAGCUCAAACUUUGGUGAGCAUCAAAGAAUUCAUAGGAGAAAAAAACAAAUGAGCAAGGGUUCAACACUUGCUCAGCAUCAGAGAUUCCAUCAUGGAGAGGAACCAUAUGGAACUAACAUAAGUGGGAAAUCUUGUAACCAUGGUUCACAACUCACCUGAUAGAAUAGAAGCCUCUGAAAGGAAGAACACUGAAGGAAUGUAUGGCAGGGCUUAUCCAAAGCUUAUUUUAAGUUGUGGAAUGUAAUUUCUACUAGAGAGAAAAACCUUACAAAUAAAAUAGGUGUGAUCUGGGUUAUAAAAAAUGUACAAAUUGGGGAGGGGAUAAAAAUAGGUCAAUGGAGUUAGGAGGUACAGACUUCCAGUGAUAAGAAAACAAAAUGUACAACUUUGUGCUUUGUGGUCUAGAAAGAAUUCACAUAACACUGAAACCAUACAAAUGUGUCAAUGUCUUUACCUCAGGAAAUACUGAAUAAUUCAUGCUGGACAGGAACAUUAACGUAUAAUGAAGGCGGUAAUUUGUUUAGCCAGUUCUUCAAUGGACUACAAUUUAAAACUUCACACUAGGGAGAAGUAGGUCUAUUUUGAGGAUUAACCAAUCUUAGGUGUUAAGUUCCACAGAAAAUUAAAAUUAUUUAAAAGUCAUGAGAUGGUGUGUCAAUGGUACAAGUAUAUCUGUGGAAAGACCUAAUCAUCUUCUGUUCAAGUAUUUUAUAAAGAUUUUAUUUUCUUCUGUGCACACAACAUGGGGCUCAAACUCAACAACCCCCAGAGCAAGAGUCACAUGCUCUUUUGGCUUAGCUUGCCAGGUUAACAUUUUUUAUUCAAUUAUUUGAGGUUUCUGUUUUUUUUUUUAAUGUUUUUAUUUUUCAUAGAGUGAGAGGAAGAGAGAUCUAGUGGGGGAGAGGGAGAGGGAGGCAAUCGGAAGCAGGCUCCAGGCUUUAAGCUGACAGCAGAGAGCCAGACUGGAGUGUUGAACUCAUGAACCACAAGAUGACCUGAGCCGAGGUUGGAUGCUUAACCAACUCAGCCAUCCAGGCACCCCAAUUAUUUGAGGUUUCUUGACACUACAUUAUUAUUGAUGACUUAUAGCCUCAAGUUUGGAUUCCAUUGAUGUUAUACUUUCAUUAUAUGUGUUUCAUUGGCAACCAUAGUGGUGGUCUCAGAGAAAGCAUCUGUAUGGUAAAUGGAACCUCUUCAAUGAGGGUGAGGGGCUUAGUCAUACCUAUAUACCCAGGAAAACUGGUAUGCUAAGUUUAAGAUAGACUAUACUAUAUACAUUUGGGAGCAUAGGGAGUGGCAAGGAAUAAACCUAAAACUCUUA